UUUACAGUUUUUUUCCCCCUUACACAUUGUUUCAUUGUAUUUCAUAUUAUGCUGUAUCAUUUGUACAUAUGUGCUAAGCCAUCUAUCUGAAUCUGUAAAAAUAUAAAACCUGCAGAAUCCAACCUUUGGACAGCAGACUGAAAUGGCAGUCAUUCUAGAUGUGCCCUCUUCCACCUCCACACCCAGCGAGUGCCUGAAUGGCUGCUGGAGGAAUCAAGUUACAUGGUUUGUAUUUCGCUUUCAAUUAUUGAGGCCUCUGUGUUUUCUGAUAAACCCAGUGGGUCUACAGGUUCAUCCAGCAGAAAAUGUCCAGGUGGUACAAGUGGAGAACAAGGUGUUUGGAUGCUGUUCAUCAUGUACCGAUGGUUUUCUCUCCUUCUCUUCUGCCAAGUGUGGAAUAAACACCUGAGGAUACACAAUAUCCUCGUGUCAGGAGCUGAUACUCUUGACUGUAUAAGCCGCUGUAAUCUAACUAAUGCCACACUGUGUCCUGAGGGAUCCUACUUUUCAUCAGGGGAUUGCUUUGAAUGCCCUGCAGGAAAAUAUUGCUUUGGCAAUGUCUCUGCACCUAGAAAGUGCCCACCUGGCACAUACAACCUCUAUCCUGGAAGAAGCAGCAUUCAGGAUUGUCAGCCCUGUGCUCCAGGUUUGAUCAGUACAGAGGAUGGUGUAGAUUGUAGACUCUGUCCUGCUGGGUACUCGUGUGACAGAGCAACAGGAGCUCUUUUAACAUGUCAGAAUGGACAGUAUUCACCUGAGGGCCACAUCCAGUGCCUCCCCUGUCCCUUCGGUUUUGUUUGCAAGGAUGGAUUUCAAAAGAAGUGUGGGCCUGGAGAGGAGCCUGACACAAACCGAACUGAGUGCACCAAAUGUCUUAAAGGCUACUACUCCACUCUGUGCAGUGCCCAGUGUGAGCUGUGCCCAGCUGGCAGUUAUUGCCCUCACAGUGGGAUGUUUCAGCCAGUGCCGUGUCCGAUGGGGCAGUACACAGAUGCAGCAGGCCAGAGCUCAUGUAAAAUCUGUAAUAGUAGUGUAGCCUGUGCAUCCAUGUCCAAGACAGAACUGCAGCUUAGCCAGAGGAACAGAAUGUCCAUCUCCUGUCCACCUGGCACACACAGAGAUGGAGAGGGACCUGGCUGUGAUGUCUGUCCACUUGGACAUUAUUGUAUAAGAGGAAUUGCUAUACAAUGUCCAGCCGGAACAUAUGGACCAAAAGAGGGACUGCAGAGAGAGAAAGACUGUACUAUUUGCCCUGCAGGGUUUUACUGUUUGGAGGGCACAUCCCGGAGGCCCAGUUCUCAGUUUCUGUGCCCCCAAGGUUAUUACUGUGAGGAGGGCACUGCUGUGCCACAUGGGUCACCUUGCCCGGCUGGUACCGCAGGAGGACAACUGGGUCAGACAAGUAGGGCAGCCUGCAAGAGGUGUGCAGAGGGUCGCUACUGUCCCACAGGCUCUGCAGGUCCAGGUUUGCUCUGUGCCCGAGGGAGAUACUGCCCAGCAGGCACCGUUGUAGAAGUGGUAUGUCCACGAGGCACCUUCACCCCACAUCAAGGCGCUCUAAGUGUGAAGGACUGUCUGAAGUGUCCAGCAGGUUUCUACUGCCCCGAGGGCAUAAGUGACCCGUUGCCCUGCCAGCCUGGCACUUUUAACCCUUUGGAGGGACAGGACGCAUUAACAGACUGUAGGUCAUGUUACCCAGGCAAGGCCUGUACACAGGUUGCCCUGAGGGCUCCUGAUGUUGAGUGUAUGCCAGGCUUUGUAUGCCCACCUGGCUCAGCACGGCCCAAUGACCCUGCUAACGCUUGUCCACCUGGAACUAUGAGCAAUCGAACAGAUCUAACUGACCGUGCUCAGUGCCAGCUGUGUCCGGCACGCUUUGCCUGUCUGCGAGGCACUGGUGGAAUACAGAGACCUCAACUCUCCUGCUUUGCUGGCCAUUACUGCCCGGUUGGCACCAUGUUCCCCACCCAGCACAAGUGUCCAGCAGGGACCUGGAAUGAGCAUAGUGGGCUGGAGUCUGAGAGCGAGUGUAGGCCAUGCCCACGAGGCUGGUACUGUCUGGCUGGUGUAGGCGUUCCUUCUGGAAGGUGCAGCUCAGGAUACUACUGUCCUGAAGGCACAAUGUAUGGCACCCAGUUUCCUUGCCCUAGAGGCACCUAUAGCAUAAAAAUGGGCAAUGGUGGAAAGGAGGACUGUGUGGUAUGUCCUGAAGGGUAUUACUGCCAGGAGGGUUCAUCCAAACCUGUACCCUGCCCUCCAACAACAUUUCGGCAGUUUAAAGGAGGCCAAAGGCCGGAAGAUUGUGUUGUGUGUCCAGCUGGCUACUACUGCCCCCACUCAGCUACAGUCCACCCCAGAGUGUGUGGGACAGGCAGUUACUCUGAUGAGGGUUCAGAGGAGUGUCUGCCAUGUCUACCUGGUCAUUACUGUAGUGAUGAGACCACCAGUGAGGAGGCCAUGCUCAGAGUCAUGGUGUGUCCACCUGGUUUCCUGUGCUCUAAGGGCUUGGACCGGGAUCCCCAACGUUCAGCCGUUCUUUGCCCUAUAGGCUUCUACUGCCCUGGAGGUGGUGUUAAUCCAAAUCCUAUACCAUGUCCCAAUGGUACGUACAGUGGGAAACCAGGAUUGAGAGACCCUUCAGACUGCACUAUAUGUCCGGUGGGAAUGUACUGCUUCACUCAUCAACCCAACGAACAACCAAUUACUGAACCAACUGGAGGCUGUCCUGAUGGAUAUUACUGUCCUUUGGGCACUGGACACCCUCUUUCAUUUCCAUGUGAAUCAGGAUUCUACAGAAAUGAGUCUCAUAGACAUGGUGGAGGUGCCUGUGUGAAAUGCCCAGCAAAAUAUUACUGUGCGAGUGUUGCGACGCACACACCAUCAAUCUGCCCAGCGGGUUUUUUUUGUCCGGAGGGGAGUUCUGCUCCAGAGCCCUGUGAGGAGGGCACUUAUAGCUCUCGGCCAGGUUUACGUGAUGCGUCAGAGUGCACACGUUGCGAUGGGGGCAGAUACUGCACAGGUGUUGGCAAGACAAAACCAUCCGGAAACUGUGAGGGAGGAUUCUACUGUAAACGACAAUCUAUCAGUGCCACUCCUUUUGAUGGAACGACUGGAGGCCUGUGUCCAGCUGGCAGUUUCUGUUCUCCAGGUUCAGCUUACCCACAGCCCUGUCCCUCAGGCACAUUCAGCAACAGCACUGGCCUUAAACAUGUCCAGCAGUGUGUCAAGUGUCCUGCAGGUUAUUACUGUUUAGGUUUAGGAUCCACCUCUCCAACUGGCCUAUGUUCUGCAGGACAUUACUGCAGUGGUGGUUCUGCAUCUCCUGUUCAGCAUCAAGUUGAAGAAGGCCACUACUCUGUAAAGGGAGCUGUGAAGCCUGAGCCUUGUUCUUUGGGCACUUUUCAACCGGAAAGAGGACAAAGUGUAUGCAUUCAGUGCAAACCAGGUAGACAGUGUAACCUGACAGGCCUAGCUCAUCAGCCUCUUUGCCCUCCAGGACACUACUGUACAGCUGGAACCUCAACUGCACAUCCAUGUCCCCCAGGAACCUACAUGACUAACCCAGGGGCGGAAAAAGUGCAGGACUGUGGUCCAUGUGAUGCUGGUCAGUACUGCCAUGCUCCUGGUCUAUCAGCCCCACAGGGUCCUUGUGAAUCUGGGUUCUACUGUAGCGGAGGAGCCAACACUGCCACUCCAGUGAACCUCAGGUCUGGAGAUGUUUGCCCUGCGGGUUAUUACUGCCCUGGAGGCUCCAGACACCCAUAUCAGUACCCGUGUCCUGCUGGAACAUGGAGCAGUGUGAUGGGAGCUCAGAACCUGUCCUCCUGCUCACCUUGCCCUGCAGGGUUUUUCUGCAACAAGACUGGACUCACUCAGCCUACAGGAGUCUGUGCUGCAGGAUUUUUUUGUAUUAGUGGUGCUAAAACCUCGUCACCUGAAGAUGGUGUUACUGGAAACAGAUGCCCAGCAGGAUAUUACUGCCCACAAGGAUGCACUUCACCUCAACACUGCCCUGAUGGCACAUACUCCAACACUACAGGGUCUGCCAAGUGCAGUGAAUGUCCUCCUGGAUGGCUCUGCCUGGAAGGUGAAGAAGCCCAGCUGUGUCCAGAAGGACAUUACUGCCUGGGGGGCACAAUGGAGGAUAUCCUCCCAUGCCCCCCAGGCACAUACAACCCCAAAGCAGGACAGAGACAAGUAGAGCAGUGUUCACUGUGCUCAGCUGGAAUGUACUGUGAGGAAUGGGGACUAGUGGAACCAACUGGUCCCUGCCAGUCAGGGUAUUUUUGUCUAGCAGGUAUAAAUUUUAGGAACCCUGAUGGGAAUUUUAGCACAGGGGUUGGGGGAGCAUGUCCUCCAGGCCAUUACUGUCCUGAAGGUACCAGCCAACCGCUUCCCUGCCCACUUGGGACCUUCUCGAACAGCCUUUAUAUCACAGAGAGCUCAGGCUGCAGUUUGUGCCCACCAGGACAGUUCUGUGGCUCUGUUGGCCUAAUCAGGCCAUCUGGACCAUGCCAUGAGGGAUUCUUUUGUCCUGGUGGUGCUAUUUCUUUGACAGGUGCUGGCACAGAGGGUGGGCUCUGUCCUCAAGCACACUACUGUCCACUAGGUAGUGUCAUGCCUCUUCCCUGUCCAGCCGGCACUUACAAUAAUCUUACUGGCCAAAUUAAAUGUAGCCUCUGCCAUGCUGGAUACUACUGCCCAGAGAGCACCAACAACUACACAAAGUAUCCAUGCCCUCCUGGAUUCUACUGCCCUGAUGGCACAAGGCAUGCCACCCAGUUCCCAUGCCCAAGAGGCUAUUAUAACCCUGAGCCUAUGACCCAGAGCCUGGAUAGCUGUCUUCCCUGUCUGCCAGGCCACUAUUGUGAGAAGGAGAGGCUAACAGCUGUGUCUGGGAAAUGCAAAGCUGGCUGGUUUUGUGUCUCUGCAGCCUGGAAUCCUCAGCCAUUCGAUCUGGACAACUACACCAGUGCUAACUGUCUGUGUCCAGCCUCCUCUACUGGGGGACGAUGUCAGGCAGGAUUCUUCUGCCCAGCAGGCAGCUCUGAGCCUAUACCAUGCCCUCCUGGAGCCUUCUGCAAUGCCACAGGUCUGGCUUUGCCAAGCGGUCCCUGUGCUGCAGGAUAUUAUUGCACUGGGGAAACAACUCAGUCUAAACCAACAGAUAGCAUCACUGGUGAUAUUUGCCCUCCUGGCUCCUUUUGUGCUGAAGGGUCUAGCGAGCCGGAACCAUGUCCAGUUGGAACAUUCUCUGCACUGGCUGGUCUGAAGCAUCGGUCCCAGUGUCAGUCAUGCACAGCUGGUCACUACUGCAGCACAAGAGGCCUGAGAGCUCCUACUGCGCCUUGCAGUCAGGGUUAUUGGUGCCCCCCUGGUCAGACUGACGACCUAGCUUUGCCUUGUCCGCUCGGUCAUCAAUGUCCCCCAGGAAGCAGUGCCCCACUUAUCUGCACCUCUGGGACUUACCAGGACAAGCAGAAGCAGGCCAACUGCACAGUCUGUGAAGAGGGCAAGAUAUAG